GUCAAGAUCUGGGACACAAGCAGCGGGACGUGUAUGCACAUGCCCGAGGGCCAUAGCGACCGAGUUCGUUCGGUGGCCUUCUCGCACGACUCGACCCGACUAGCGUCAGCGUCAGACGACAGAACUGUCAAGAUCUGGGACGCAAGCAGCGGGACGUGUAUGCACACGCUCGAGGGCCAUAGUGUUAGUGUUUGGUCGGUGGCCUUUUCGCAUGACUCGACCUGGCUAGCAUCAGCGUCAGCCAACAGGAUUGUGAAAAUCUGGGACGCAAGCAGCGGGACGUGUAUGCACACGCUCGAGGGCCAUAGCGGUAGUGUUUGUUCGGUGGCCUUCUCGCACGACUCGACCUGGCUAGCAUCAGCGUCAGACGACAGCACUAUCAAGAUCUGGGACACAAGCAGCGCGACAUGUGUGCACACGCUCGAGGGCCAUAGCGGUACGGUUAUGUCGGUGGCCUUUUCGCACGACUCGACCUGGCUAGCAUCAGCGUCAGCCGACAGAACUGUCAAGAUCUGGGACGCAAGCAGCGGGGCAUGUGUGCACACCCUUGAC